UUCAUUCCUCCCACAUUAUCAAAAUACUCUCUUUAUCCAUCAAACUUUCUGACUUCAACUUCAUUUUUUUUUUUACCUUUUUUCCUCCCUAAUUCUCCUUUAGUUCAUCUUAAUUCUCCACACCAUUUCAAAUUUCAUUUCAAUGAAGAUGGCAUCAAUCUCUGGAAAAGUGUUCACAUUGGGGUUGAUAAGCUUCUGGUAUGCUUCCAACAUUGGAGUUCUGCUAUUGAACAAGUACCUGCUGAGCAACUAUGGGUUCAGGUAUCCAAUUUUCCUCACCCUGUGCCACAUGAUGGCGUGCUCAAUCCUCAGCUACGUUGCCAUUUCAUGGCUCAAAGUGGUGCCAAUGCAGACGGUGCGGUCAAGGGUACAAUUUGUGAAGAUAUCAUCUUUGGGGCUCAUUUUCUGCUUGUCUGUGGUAGGAGGGAACAUCUCCCUCCGUUACCUCCCGGUGUCGUUCAACCAGGCUGUCGGCGCCACCACGCCUUUUUUCACGGCAGUGUUUGCUUAUUUGAUGACCCUUAAGAGGGAGGGUUGGCUCACAUACAUGAGUCUUGUCCCUGUUGUUGCUGGUGUUAUGAUUGCUAGUGGGGGAGAACCAAGUUUUCAUCUAUUUGGAUUUUUAAUGUGCAUUGGUGCUACAGCAGCCAGGGCACUCAAAACAGUGCUUCAAGGGGUCUUGCUAUCUUCUGAAGCGGAAAAGCUCAAUUCUAUGAACCUUCUCAUGUACAUGGCACCAGUGGCUGUUGCAUUCCUUCUUCCAGCUUCAAUUAUUAUGGAGGAAGAUGUGGUUGGAAUUACAAUUGCACUUGCUAGAGACGAUUCGAAGAUUUUGUGGUUACUUCUCUUCAAUUCUUCCCUGGCAUAUUUUGUCAACUUGACCAAUUUUUUAGUUACAAACCACACCAGUGCAUUAACACUUCAGGUCCUAGGAAAUGCGAAAGGAGCUGUGGCAGUUGUUAUAUCCAUUUUGAUUUUUCGAAAUCCUGUAUCAGUUACUGGAAUGUUUGGAUAUUCCCUCACAGUUAUUGGAGUUAUCCUGUAUAGUGAAGCCAAGAAACGGAGUAAAUGAGAUAUCUGCGUAAUUUAACCGAGUUUUUGUCUCAUUAGAUCAAUGUUGCUUCUGCCUUCUAGCCACUUUUUGAACUUCUCAUGCGAGCAUUGUAAAUAUUUCCUCAUAAAAUUCUUUUACAAUUUAGUUUUUGAGUCAUUGAAGAUGUAAAGAAUUCUACACCUUAAGCAAGUCACUAACAAAUUUUGAAAUUGAUCCUAUGCAACAUUUGCCUUCCUUCUUUGCCUCUUGUGUAGAUUGACAGAUAAAUCUGAAGGAAGCAUGUAAAUUUUGCACAUUCAUGCAAUCACUAAUUAUCUAAACUUAAUCUUUUUUAUAAUUUAUUAAAUCUGAGGCAGAUUAAGUGGAGCUGCCACAUCAAAUUCUCUACUCUUAAUCCAUGCCACAUAAGCAAUUUUAAGCAGUUGGAGAACUCACAUUUCUUUAUUUCUCAACUUCCAAAGGUUCAUUUUUAGUAAUAUUUCCAAUUAUACCAUUUCAAAAAAUAAUUAGUGGUUUUAUUUGAAAAGUGUUAGAACUGGUGCCGGCCAGAAUAAAGGAAUGAACACAAAAUAGAAGAAUGUCUCCAAGAAUCAAUGGAUUCUUGAGAAAAGGUAUUAUUACUGAGAAAAUGAUACUAGUUCAGGGAGUUACAACUGAAUCCAAUAUUCAGUUCCACCUAACCAAUAACUUCCCAAAAACUAUCUUAUCAAGUGUAUUGACUUCCAUUUAUACUAUCUAAGCUAACUCAGCUAGUUAGUUCCUAACUAGGAAGACCCUUGUUUCUGAUGCCUUUUUAAAGGAGGUUUAACUUUCUGACUAAACCUAUCACAUAUCCAUUGGGAAGGGAUAGCCCCAAGGUUGUUCUCCCCACUUCUGGAUCACCCUAGAACUUGUUAGCUACGAAGAAACUGAUGAUGAAGGGUGGAAGUGAGGAAAUGCAGGAGUCCAUGCAAGAGAUAGAGAUUGUUGUUCCUUAAACAAGACCCUCAUGGCUGGGCUAUUCUGAGUAAAGGUUCUCAUGUGAAGCUUCUUGGUCAAGGUCAGAGCAUGCUUUGUACUGUCAGAUUUUGAUAUUUUGAUACUUGGGAAGAGAAACCACACCAAGAUGUGAGCUUCAAUUCAAUGAAGCUUUCAAGGUGUUCCAUGGGAAAUGCAAGAUUUAAGAUGUUCCUCACAAAUGUGAAUAUAAGGAAUCUGCUAACUAUACUACUGAUAUUCUAGCUCACAUACCAUGCUCAAGUAAGUGUGACCAAGAAAUGAAGGGCUUCUGUUAAGUACAGGUGUUACCAUGGUUUUGAAGCAAACGAUAUUGAAGGAAGCUAUGUAAAUUUUGCACAUAGUGCCUAAUUAUUUACCAACGACUACUCUGAACAUAUUUUGGCAGCUUCAGACAAACUAUUAUGCCUUUGU